UUCUAUUACCAUUUUGUCAAUUAUCGAGCUGUCGACACAGACCAUAGUUUUUGCUUUCCCCCCUCUUUGAUCGAUCUGCACCAAGCGAUACUUUUCCUCGUGUGACUGUUAAAAGCGGUCAUUACUGAAAAGUAAAAGUAGAAGUAAGUGUGUUCAGAGGUUGAAGGAUUGUCUUUCUUCGGAAACAUCGCGCUUCUCCCCAACAUAAGCCUAGAUGGAAUGUUAAGUCUGUUCUCAUUUAUAAAUUUCAGUGCUGUUGCUUCAGUGCUGUUGCUUGAUUCUUUAGCCAGUAAUUUGCAAUCACCUGAAGGAGACAAAUUUCUCUCCUUUUUCACGCUUUCAAACAGCAUCUUCUUUGUGCUUUUUAAGUCAUCAACUCUGGGCUGCUAUUAUUGUUACAACAAUACAAUAAUCUUUAUUUAUUAUAUAAAGGUUAAUGAUAUAUAUGGUUAAUGUAUCCUUUGCUUUUAUCUCUCCCUCUAGCUCUCUGUCGCGCUUUUUCUAGUUAAGCUUCGCUGGCCUGUCGCCUACUUUCUCUUCUUCUCUGCCUUUCUUUUUCUCUAUAUUCACAACACGGAUACAGAAACAAUUUCCACUUUCUGUUUUCGUCUUUAUUGACUAGUAGUUGUCUUUGCUUCACAAGACGCGGGUGACCAUGCGAUUUCCCGCCAAAAUAACCUAGAGUUGCAUUCGGGUUGCCAUACCUAUUGAUUGAGUUAUUUUACAUUGUUUACAUUGUACCAAUUGUAAACUUAAAAAAGUUAACUGAUCCUUACGGCAGCAGAGUGAUAGAAAAAAUAAGAAAGUAGACAAAAAUAAAGUGGUGAAUUAUAUUUCCUCGAUAUUUCGGUUUGCAACACAAACCUUCAACGGCCCGGGCUAUAAAAGAAAUGGUAUGCCUGUGGUGCGGACGGACGGCGGACGGUUUCUUAGGUAUGUUCACGCUGUCGCAAACUCUUUUCUAUAAGUUAUAGAGUUGUGCCCUCCAGAAAAAUGCCCAUCGUUCACUCACGAUAGGCAAAAACUAGAGUUUGGUCACUAAUGGGAUACACCACCCAGAACAAACUACCUUAUCGAGAGAAUUAGAAUAUAUCAAGUGGAUGAAAGUAGAUGUGGUGUUAGUGAUGCGUUUAGGCUCGUUAAUCAGCUGAUGAAGCCCAUAAACGUCCGUGAUGUCUGACAACAAUGUAGAAUUGUUGCCCGAAACAGAAGCCACGUUGCAAUUCACAUACCCCAAUAAUUAAAAUUCAUUGUUUUCAGAAUCACAUUUGGCAAUAAGAUUUUCUAGCGAAGUGAAUGCUUCACUGGGAGAAUUACGUGGCCUGUACCAUGUGAAUACAAAUUUUCGAGAUAUUUAAGUCGCUGCGUACAGAAUAGUUAAUGACCGUUUUGACAUAGAAGCAAACGCCCCCGCCGUUUCUAUUUCUGUCCCUUUGAAUUAUGUCGUAUCCUGGAAUAUAGAUUACAGGAUUUUGAAUCGAUUCGUGGUGUCUAGUUUCUUUAAUUAAAUUGAAAUCUAAAGAAUUGUAGUCAAGCAGAAUUCUGAGUUCGUCAAUAUGUUAGGAAGACUAGCCCCAUUUGAAGAAACUAUUUUACACCCACGUUUCUUAGGAAAUAAUAGAGUAGAUUCAAGCGAAUUUAAUGUCGCUCCGUUAUCAUCAGAAUCAUGCACGGCAUACAGGGAAUAUCAAUGCGACAUAGCAAAAUUAUUAGCAAAGUUAUUAAACAAUCGGCUAUUACCUUUAUUGUGAAGUUGAAGGCCACCCCUGUUUAUCCCAGUAAUUGUGAUGUGAACAUGACGAAUCAGGUUCGAGCCGUUUUGUUUGCAAUGUUUGUUUAGGUGUUUGUUAACAGUUUUCACUUCAUCGUCCAUGCUCCGUCUAGAAACGAGCUCCGAAAUGAAUAAUAUCGCGUUACAGUAAGUUGUUCUCAAUCUUUUUGGCGAGCUUGACGAUGCUUUCGGCAAUUUGUAGUGGGUCUGUAGUUUCUCGACAAGUGUUCCGACGUGAAUGACGAUUUUGAUCUACUGAUUUUUCAAUUGUCGGAUGGACAUAGUGGCUCCUAUCGGUGGUAGUUUCGCCAGAAAAGGAUUUCACAAUGACUCGUGCACCAACCUUUUUCCCCUUUCCCCUAGCUUAGGACCUUCAAUAUUCGAAACAAAAACCACGUUGCACUUCACAUCCACCAAUAAAUACAAUUCAUUGUUUUCAGCAUCGACUUUGAUAAUAAGAUUUUCUUGCGAAGUAAAUGCUUCAUCAGAGUCAUUGUAAUAUUUCUGUCUAUUGUUUUCACAGCCAAUCCUCUGAGGCCUAGUAAAGAGAUGCGUUUCGCCCCUUUUUCCCUAGCUUAGGACCCUGAAGGUUCUUGAUAAUUGAGUCGACUAGCCAAUUAUGACUGUAGUGUGUGUAUGUUGCGAGUUAGCUUUGUUGUAAACGAUGAUUGAGAUGACUUCUCGCUUAAAAUAAUUUAUGUUGCUCAUCGAGAGAAACGUCGUCUGUUUUCGAUGACGUUUCGCGAUAUAGAAGGCUCAAAGGGAGUAAGAGACUACCUUUCUCCUGUUCUAAGACUUCAAUCUUUUCUGAUAUGUUUGACAGAGAUUCUUCAGUCUUAAUGUUAACUCUUGAUCUUGCGAAGGCGGGUUCAUACUUGCUCUUAAAUUAAUUACCGCUUCCCAUAAAUUCUGUAUUUCAGCAUUACAGGCACAAAAAGUAUAAACGGUAGAAUGAGGGAAAGCAUCAUUUGAUUUAUCCUCUGCCAAUACUUGGAGAGUACUUUCGGAUUCUUCAGAGCCCGAAGUGUCCAGCACGCCGCCAUCUUGUACUUCUUGUGUCUCGAAUGACAAAGAUUGAGCAGGUUCGUCGGAAGUUUUUGCAGAACGUGUUCUUGUCAUGAUUCAAAAGCUAUAUUAGGAAUUAACCAACUCUAGUAAAGAAAAUCUUCCAGCUUUUUAUGUUAUCGAGAUUGACGAACUGAGUUGUGUGCGGAGCACUAGCGAACGCGUCUGUCCGAGUCAAUAACUCUGUUUACUACAUUAUUAUGUGCAUGUCUCACACCUAUAGGUGGCCUUAUUCCCCAAGGCAUCCCUACAUAGCCUUAGGUAUCUAGGGUCAUUGUUAUGAUCUUUCUGGAGCAAUGCAAUGAUCCUAGGUGUUGCCAACCUGAUGAUUCACAUCCUUGGGUGUUUACUCACAGUCCCAAGAGCUCCAAUUACAAUAAGGAUGAUAGAUACACUUCUGCAGUUCCAGAUCUUUUGCACCACCUCAACUUUUAAGUCCUUAUAGUGUUUGAUCUACUCUCUUUAUUUCUUCUGCGACCCGUGUAUCAAAAGGGCAAGCUAAAUCGAAAAUGAAGCACACCCUUCCCUCCUUUUCCAGUACUAAAAGAUCAGGUUGACGAGACUAGAUGAAGGUAUACUGAAUUCUGAAAUCUAUAUACCCGGAUACAGGAUAGUACGACGCGACAGAAAUAGAAACGGCGGGGGAGUUUGCUUCUAUAUCAAAACCGCCAUUAACUAUUCUGUAUGCACAGAUCUAAAUAUAAACAAUCUAGAAAAUUUGUGUCUUGAAAUCAGAAAACCGAAUUCAAAACCGUUUGUUAUUGUCACGUAGGAGUCUUAUUACAAACAAUCAUUUACUGAAAACAAAAAUGACUCUCGACGUACCUAGCAAACUAUAAACGAACUUACAUCUCGCAAAAGUAACACCUCCUCGAUUAAAGAACUAAUUGUAAACGGUGUUUCUAUAAACAAAACUACCGACUUGGCAAAUGCGUUUAAUGAACAUUUUUUCACAAUUGGCCCGAAACUUGCAAAUGAGAUCCCGUGGGAAGCUAACGGCGACAAAAGUUGUCUUGAAUAUCUUAACAUCACUGACCAAAGAUUCUGUUUUACUUUGACAAAGAGCAGUGAAGUAUUUUCACUGGUGAAUAAACUUAGCAAAUCAAAAGCAAGCGGUCUCGUUAAAAUAUGUGCAAGACUAAUUCGUGAAUGUGCUGAUUUAAUUUGCAUUUCUAUUUUCAAGAUCUUUAAUUGUUCUUUGACUACAGACAUAUUCCCAGAUGACUGGAAAUGUGCUAAAGUUACUCCUUUAUUCAAACAGGGACGUUCGAGUGACAUGAACAAUUACCGUCCCAUUUUUGUUAUCUCUGUGGUGGCCAAGGUAUUCGAAAGAAUAUCGUACCAUCAAGUGUUCGCUACCUAUCAGAACAUAGCAUUAUUUCAAAAAGUCAAUCCGGAUUUUGCUCUAUCCAUUCUACGGUCAGUUCUCUACUAGAGGCGACCGAUAGCUGGGCUUUUGAUAUUGAUCGCGGAAAAGUUAAUGCUGUAGUAUUUCUAAAUUUAUAAAAGGCCUUUGAUACAUUAGACCACACGAUAUUACUGUCUAAAUUAAGUACCUACGUAAUUCAAGAAAAUGCUUACAAUUGGUUUAAAUCAUACUCAGAAAACCGAACUCAAAUAUGUUCUGUUAGUACUUCACUUUCCAAAACCUGCUCUCUCCAAUGUAUUAUCCUUCAAGCGAUUGUAUUGGGUCCUCUAUUGUUUUUGCUAUACAUAAACGACUUACCAAAUUGCUUAACUAACUCUUAUCCUAGAAUGUGUGCCGAUGACACGCAUCUUACUUACGAUGAUAAAGAUUUGAAUAUCAUUCAGUCCUAUUUGAAUGAAGACUUGCUAAAUAUCAGUAAAUGGCUGAUCGCUCACAAACUCACACUUCACACGACUAAGACUGAAUUUAUGUUAAUCUACUUGAGACGAAAGCUAAACGCCCUAACUGCCUCUUCCGUUCUGAGCAUCAAUGGUACUCCAUUAAACCAGGUAUCAACGUUAAAAUCUCUAGGUGUACUCAUUGAUACUCAUUGAUGCAAACCUUACCUGGGGCAGUCAUAUCGAGUCAUAUCUAGAAGUUGGCUAAAAAAAUUGCCUCUGGUAUUGCAGCUAUCAAACGGGUCAGGCAAUUUGUUCUCCCAGCAACAUUGCAUCCUAUCUACAAAGCCUUGAUUCAGCCGCAUUUCGACCGUUGAAUGUUGUUUGGGGAGGCUGUGGCGUAAAACUAGCAGACAAACUUCAAAAACUCCAAAAUCGUGCAGCGCGAGCUCUAACUUUCUCAAGUUAUGACGCACAUGCAUCGCAGCUGUUCCAAAAUUUAAUUAGGAAAAAUCUUAGUACUCAGCGUGAUAUCCAAAAAGCCUUAAUGUAUUUUAAAUCCCUUAAUGGCCUUGCUCCUGAAUACCUAAGCUCGAAAUUUAUUGCUCGAUCCAAACACUCUUCAUACACUUUUCGAGAUUCUGUAAAUAAUUAACUAUUCCACAGCCACGCACUAAUUAUCUCCGUAAUGGUUUUCGCUACAGUGGUGCUAUUCUGUGGAAUAGUCUUCCUAAACCUUUAAGGCAAGCAGUAUCCCUAAGUGAUUUUAAGUCACUUUUGCACAGCUAUUAUAAUAUCAAGUAAGGCACGGCAUUCAUGGAAAACAGGCUAUUUUUUUCGUAUAUACUUGGCUGGAUAAUUUUAAUAUUCCGUUUAGCAAAACCCAGUAAAUGUAUUUAAGGUUUUUUAAAUUUUUGUAUUUCGUGCCCGAUGAAUCUGUACGACCGGGAUAAAUAAAGAUUACUUACUUGCUUACUUACUUACUUACUUACUAGGUCUAUUGUGGUCUAAAUGGUGAUAUGUCCUAUAUUCUCUGCAACUGGUAAGGGUUGAUGGUCAUACAACUUAUCGUUAAACUCUAACCCAUACUUUCUGCAUAACUCGCAGUGAACUUGUAGUCCCACCUUGUCGUGGCGCCUCCUGUAUUUCUUCUGGACAAGCUUCCUGCAUCCACUGACAAUAUGCGAUACUGUUUCGGUGGAUUCACAGCAUAAUCUGCACAGUGGUGUCUCAGAUGUCUUAUCCAUGCAAAGCUUGUUCUUAAGCAGCGAAGAUCAAGCCCUCCGUUUCCCUCUUUAAAAGGCCAUUCUUGAGCCAUCUCCAGGACUACUCCUCUCAAGCCAAAUCUGAAGUUUGCCGAGCAAACUCUCCAUGUAGGGCUUUUUCACUCCAGUUGCCUAGUGUCUCCUCUUUUUCCUCUUUGUAGUCCUGAAGACUCUCUUCUUCAACAAGCACCUUCUCCUUCAAAACCAUCUGCAGCAUCCACUCCGUGCUAUUCCUCAGGUAGCCAUGCAAGGAUUUGCAAUCCUCCUUAACACACUCCUCAACACCAAUCAGCCCUCCCCCCCUUCCUUUCCCCACAAAUACAGUCUGUCGACAUUGUUUCUGGUGUGAAGACAGUCAUUCAUUGCCAGUAUCUUCCUAGUUGUUCUGUCUUCUUCUUCUUCUUCUUCUUCUUCUUCUUCUUCUUCUUCGUCUUCUUCCUAUUAUUAUUAUCAUUAUUAUUAUUAUGUUCGAGUUCCAUAGUACAUGCAAGUUAUUGCUGUGAGAGCCUUAAUGAGGUUGCUCUCUACACAUCCCAGCGAUUCAACAGUGACUGGAAUGAUUGUUACCCGCUUCUGUCAUAACCUUGAGAACUCUAUGUUCAAAGCAAGCCUUUGUGCGGUGUGCGCUGUGCAUCGUCCUAAUUUUCAUGAUCCUCUAUUGUCCAAUUCACGAUACCUGCUUAGUACCUGACCACUGCAACUGCAUACAGAUUAAUUGUCAAUUUUGUUACGGGAAUUUAGGUGGGAACUGCGUAUUUGGCGGCAGCGGUAUACGUAUUCCUUUCUGAUCUCCUUCUUUAUCUCGUUAUGCUUGAUGAUAUCUCCCUCUAAAACUCCAAGUUACUUUUAUGCGCCAUCUUCCCAUAGUGACUUGUUGGUUUCACUCGAGGAUUCCACUCUCCGACCACGUUUGCUUGAUAAAGCCGCGCAUUUCUCGAUCCCGAAGAGAAAACUCUCACAGUGCGGGUAAGGCUUUCAAUAUGUGAUUUGUUUUCCCUGUCAGUUUUAAGUCGUCCAUAUGCAGUAAAUGGUUUAUCUCAUUUCCUUCAAGGAGUAUGUGCCCUGCUUUUAUCUCACUAAGGAUCAUGCUCAAGGGGGUUAAUGUAAUAAUGAACUGGAGAGACAAGAACGAAUAUACCACGCUUGAUGUCAACACUCCCAAGGUGCUUAUUACUACACAAGUGCGUCUACCAGGUCUUCAAGGCCUUAUGCAACGAAAAAACACAUUGUCGCCAAUGUUAAACAGCUGCAAGUAUUUCGAGAUCCAGCUGUGCGGAACAAAAUCAUAAGUCUUGUUGUAGUAUAUCCACACAAGUUCCAAGUUCUUGUGUUUCGCCCUAUUGGGGAGUAACAAGAGCUCAUAAAUCAGUAACUGAUGUUUUGUUCCGCGGGUGCUCUUUUUACAUCCCUAUUGUUCGACUAGGAUUCCAUUCUGGCUCUCACUAUGGGUAUACACUUCAUCUGCAACUAUGUCAGUCGAUAUCUUCCACACUACAUAGACAUGUUAUUGGUCUGUAGUUCGAAGGGAUCAGACCCUUUGCCUUGCUCUUUUGAAUAAGGACUGUGCGUCCUUCUGCGAGCCAUCCAGGUGGUAUGUGGUCUAGGGCAUGUUGUAACUGUACUGCUAAUCUGGUAUGCACAUGGGACAACUUCUUCCGCUAAUACCCGUGGAUCAUAUCUGGGCCUGGUGAUUUCCAUCAGGUCUUAGCAGACUUAAGUUUAUUAAGUAACUUCUCCUUUGUGACGGUAACUUUCUCUUGUGGGUGUAUGCUUGCUGUCUUUUCUUCAACUCCUUUGCACCACUCUGCUUCCUCAUUGUGCACCUUCUCGUUUUCCCAAAUAUCUUUCCAGACAGGCUCAGUACUUUCCCUUGGGAAGCUUUUCGUUUCGCCAGGUUGAUCACCCUUUAACUCGUUAAUGACAGGUGAUUUAUCAUAUUUGAAGGUUGUGUUCUGUCUGUAUUGGUCCAUACGCUGUUAAAAUCAUUCAAUCUUCUUCGAAGUAGCUGUUAUCAGCUGUUUAACCAGUUAAAUAACAACGUUUAGAUUCUUAACAUCCAGACGUAUACAUGCUCAGAAAAUUAGCCACGUAGGGCGCAAAGCGUAGCCUGUGCUGCUUUACAGGAAUUUAACACUAAAAAGGUGGCAACGAGUCAAAUCUACACUGGUGCAAUAAAAAUCCUGUGGAAUCCUAAAACUAAUGCAAACCCUAGGUUUACAUAAUGAGAAAGUAGGCCUACGCACUCCUAUAUCUAGAUAUACGAAUUAUAUAAUAUUAAAAAUAAUUUAAAACUAAAGGAAGCCUAAUAUUGAUAAAAAUGACAUACUAAAGCAAACGUAAAGCAUAUUCUGUCCGCUAUCUAUGUUACAACACUUGAAAUGCGGGUCUAUGGUCUCACUCAGAAUUUCCGCGCAAUGUUCAGAAUAUCACAUCUAGCUCCUUGGACAACACACCACCCCGCCCCCCCCAAAAAAAAAACAACAACAACAACUUCUAUGAUGACGUUCAGCUGUACGAUCUUGCAGCCUGGGUACUGUUUGGUAAGCUCCCACCCUAGUGGGCGUUAAUAUGUCUUCUCAGAAUCCUUCUUCGCCCGACUGUCUAACCAUGGAUAGUUUAUUUCCACAGCCAAUAACCUCAUCGCCUUGUGGUCUACAGAUCGCGCGUCCACCCUCAGCAUUUCACAACUUACUGGGCCAGCGAUGAACAUCCCACCAAAACGUGAGCAAGGCUUUCUGUUACCGUACCGCGCUCAGCUGAUCUUCUUCCCAUCUGGUCCACAGAAAACGACGUUGCCACCUCUGGUCUUCCUCCUUCUCCUUAGGCCUCUCUUUCACAACUUUCUUAAGAUAUUGUCUCUCCUAAUUUUGCCUUUGCAAGUACUUUUUUGCUGCAACUGUAAAUGCUAACCUCCCUUGCAAUCUUCCAUCAUUAUCUUAUAAAUUAUCUACUGCCUUUUCUUCCUUUAGAUUUUCCUCUGCAGCCUUUUGCUCUUCGGGGAGUAGCUGCUCCCUCUCUAGACGUUCAUACAGGAGGAAGCAGAUUGUGCCAGUGAGCUAUUUCUACAUUAAGCCUAUUAUAUAUAAAGCACUUAGAUGAUCGAUCGUUCCCGGUGGUGUUACCCACUGGAUUAUUUUUCAUAAUUAAACUGUUCUCCCAGUUGUAAUCCAAGAUGGCACUUUCCCCCGUUCUAUGCACUCCUGAAGUUAUUUUGCAAUUAGGCUAUAUAGGCUUGUUAAAUUCUCAAGCCAAAACCCUGCACCUGAUCAGGGCCAGGGGCCUCCCAAUUCGGAGUCCUCUUUAAUUGUGUGUUGAACAUUGAUCUCGAUAUUACUUUGCCUUAAAAUAUCCUACAACUCUUCCCUCACAUCAUCGAACCAUGAUGUCUUCUGAUAGUCUUUUAUUGGUUGUUCCCCGAUAUAACCCCAGAAUUCUAUAGCUGCAUCUCCAUCAGGGGCUUCCCUGUUCCUCCUGUGCAUUUCCAUCCAGCUCCUUAUUCAGCUGAUGUCUGUUGUUCAAAGUCUGUUCUGCUUAUUCUGUGUGACUCUCCUCUAGUACCUUUUCACUUUUCACCUUAUUCGCCUUUGAAAUUAUUCUGUUUCUGGGGAGGGGGGGUGCUGCGGUGUAGCAUUAAGAGCCCAUCUUCUAGGAGGGUUGCUAGCCAAGGUUAUUGAGCCCCACACGCCCAAAUGUUGUUACCCUAACGGAGGUGGCUUCGGGUUACGAACACUUGCCAAAGGUGUCACCCCAGACACUGGUGGAAGGGAACUUCCAUUUCUCCGCAAUAAGCUAAAGUCCAACCUGUGCUAGUCCAGUGCCCAUAUAAUUACUAUGUUCUCGUCCUUUUCCUGCUUUCUCAGUGUUGUUUCGAAAUCUGCAGCCAACUUAGAUGUCAUCGGAUUCAGUUUCGUGUUUUGUCUGGUGUUAAUGUUGUUCAUUAGGUCAGCUGUGGAUAUCAUUUUUUCUGAUUAUCGUUCAUCUUGGGGUCUUUUUUAUUUGCUUUUAACUGGACUUUGGUUGGUUUUCCUCGGAGUUGACCCAACGUUGCCAAAUCCACGCUCUUACCGUUCACCAUGUUGUCACACUUGCCCUCCGGGUUGGACUAUGUCAAUAAUCAUGAUUUGGUCUUUUUUUCCUGUCAAUAAGAAGUGUCUUGUCUUCGGUCCUGAAAAUCUCGAUCAGUUUGAGUACUGAAGUCCCAAAGCAGCUGGACAUCCCCGCUCUAAAUUAUUUUUUCCGCUUUAUACUCUCUUAGAACCGGGUCCAUUCCACGGUCCUAAGGUGCCAAGGGGGUAUUUUACUGGAUAGACAGAAAUCUUAAAAUAUCCCCGCAGUUCGCAAAGGGAUGACCUUUUGCAGCUCAUUGCAGGGGCGCAGCUACCUGUACGCACGGUAGGCAAGUGUGCAGCUGAAAAAGUCGUGCACAAAAAAGAUAUAUGAUGAAUAAAUAAUAAAUUGUUAAUUCUAAAAAGAAAGCAAAAUAUCUAAAGAUAAUUAUUUUAAGAGCACAGUUUGCCUUAAUUCAUUCAACUCUGGUUGUUUCUUUGAAAUAUUUUUUUUUUUCUUACAACAACGGACUUUUUUUUCCCUCUCCACCCAAAUGUCGGUUUCCCGAGAAACGAAGUAAAUCAAUAAGUAAUGGACCGAAUCGUGGAUAACAGACAUGUAUAUCUAGUUAACAGAUGGCAGGCGUUUUUACUAAAACCGUGUUCGGGUUCCUAGCCGUUUACGCACAUCGAUAAAUCCUGGGAGCAACGGCGAAGGCGACGGCAACGAACUCAAUAAGUAAAUGACAAAACAACAAAUUUUGCACGUCCAGCGCGCUUUUCUUUACAACCUGUACGAAUGCUUCCGUAAAAAAAUUCUUUUUGCGACUUUGUUUGGCGACGUAAACAUAGGGACAACUUCAAUUUCUUCGCUGAGUCCGAACUUGGCUGCGGGCCCCAAGACUUCGUAGGGACGUUCACCCUUAUCUUCCAUUUUAAGAGAGUUGACGGAAAUAAAGGGGGCAUUCAUUUUGAUAGCCAGCUAGGGACGUUUUCACGCGCUGCAUUAGCCUGUACACAGACGUUGUUUUAUUUUUCUUCUCGUUUUUUUCUGAAAAAUCUCUUCCCCCACCCCUACCCCCUUGCGCUUGCGGUCAAUAUAUUCCCCGCGGUUUUAUUUUUUUUAUCACGCGCGCUCUGCACGCAUUGUUAUUGCAGUAUUUAUUAACUCCCAGCAACCACUUUAGGAAUUUAUUUUGAGCUAAUUCUGCUGGAUCCUUUUCUAAUUGUCCAUUGCAAUCAAUCCCCUACACUUCACUCGCAUAAAAGAGUAUGGGAGAUAUCAGUGCAUCAAAUAACUUCAUCGCUAAUUUUAUAUUUUCUCUGAAGUGGUUUCCCAUCUCUUUUCGUAAUUUAUAGCGUGCUUUAAGUGCAACUUUCUUCAGCUCUUGCCGAGCGAAAUCAAAGUUUCCAAAAGGACUCAUUAUGAGUCCAAAAUAUUUUUAGGAUUUGACGUUUCCCAUUUAAUCAGCGCCGUAUCUGAUCAAGUAUUUGACUUACCACAGUUGUUAAAAAUCAUAAGAUUUGUCUUGUCUAAAUUUACACUUAAAUCGGCAUUUUUACAGAACGAUUCUAGCUUAUUAAGGAUUAUUUGAAGGCUUUUUGCUGAUCUGAGAGAAGAUCUCUAGAUCGUCCUCAUAUAAGAGACAAUUUAUAUAUUUAUCACUUGGCAUAGUGUCGAUAGAACUCGCGGUAUUUAGGAAUUUUGGUACAGCACUUAGAUAGAAAUUUUAAAAAGUAGGUGACAACAUACAACCUUGCUUUACCCCGGCAUGACUAGUAAAGGAUUCGGUUAAUUUGUUAUCAAUUUUAACUGCCGAUUUAUCAUUUGAGUACAUGGAUAUUAAAACGUCUAGGAAACGUCCUUGGACACCUUCUUUUCUCAGUUUGUUGAAUAGGUUUUGUCGGGGUAUACAGUCAAAAGCUUUUCUAAAGUCGACGAAACAUGAAAAGAGUAAAUUUUGGUGCUUCUGUGGCUUAGAUUUCAGGUACUUGUCAAUAAGCGUUUUUAAUGUGAAGUUGCUAUCAACUGUCCCGUGCAUUUUUCUGAAACCACCUUGUUCAGCUUUCAAGAUUCCUUUUUGAACAUACUUAACCAUGUAGUCGUGCAGUCGAUUACAAGUUGAGAAUUGAUGUAAAGAGCUUGUCUAGCGCAGAAAGCAAAGUGAUACCUCGGUUGUUUUCAACUUUGGAUAGAUCAUCCUUUUUGUGAAUAGGUACAAUGAGGCCGAAACUCCAAAGAGCAGGGUACCGUAAAAUUCCGAAAAUAAGCCCCGGGGCUUAUAUUUUUCAAAGGCCCUUUUUGAGGGGCUUAUAUUCGGAGGGGCUUAUCUACGGAGGGAAAUUUGCCUUUCAAAAUCGAUUGGGCUGGCCUUAUAGCUGGGAAUAAAUCUUCCAUUUUUGCUUUGUUUUACUAUAUAUUUGAGGGCAAUUUUCCAAGUACAAGUCCCCAGGGGGCUUAUAUUUGGAGGGGCUUAUACAUGGAGGGGCUUAUUUUGAAAAUUUUACGGUAUUUGCCAGUAUCUAAGAAUCGAUUAAAUAAAGUUACUAAAUUAACUAAAAUUAUUAAAAUUAACUACUUCAUUUAAUAUAUUAUCGAAACCUGGAGAUUUGUUUGCCUUCAGUUUGUUAAUUGCAGCUUCGAACUCUUCAUCAGUUAUUGGAUAAUCAAGUGGGACUUCAACUCUUUCGUUACUGUGGGUUUCCAUAUUCGUCUCCGGAUCUAGUAUAUUAUUGAGAGGGGUCGCAUUCUGUUGUUUGAAGUAUUUAUAAAACUGUUCCGUACUCACUGUUUCAGCUCCAUGUGUUUUUCUUUUUCCUAAGUUAAAUAUUUCUCCUAUUUGUAGCCAGGUCUCUUUGGAGUUCUGCAUAUCGAUAUUAGACAAGCCUUUACUGAUACACUCCCGUUUCUUCCGUCUGCAAGUUUUUUUGAACCUCUUCUUUCUGUUGCGCAGGAGUGGUCUCAGUUCUGAAUUAUUAGUGUUUUUAGAAUUUUUCUCCCCAAGGGAUUGCAUGUUUUCUCUUUCUGUUUCGCAUUCCAGAUCGAACCAUUUGUUUUGUGAUUUGCAUUUAAUUUUGCCGCCUCUCGCUUUCAAUCCCGCUUCUUUGCAUACUUCUACCAAAGUUUCACUAAUUAAUUCAGACGCAGUAUCGAUGCUAUCAUGUUUUACAGCUGCUUCUAACCUGGAAUGAACUGUUUGUGAUUUUAGACCAUCCUUAAGUCUGUCCUUAGACUUGAUAUUCCAGAAAAGCCUAUUAUAUCCGGUCAAGAUGAGUUCGGCUGAUGUUUCAAAAGAAUCUCGGUUAACAAAGUUAGCUUUUAUCGCGAAUGAUAGGUGACAGUGUUCCGAUAAAUGUGGCAUUGAUGGGUUAACAAUAAGAUAUUGCACAUUCCUUAGAAUACUUUUUGAUCCUAUGACGUAAUCAACAACACUGCUACCUUUAUAAUGAAAGCAGAUCUUUUUACCUUCCAGGUCACCAACAAUCCUUCCAUUGAGAAUUCGUAAAUUUAACGCUGUACAUGUUUCUAACAAAUUCCUACCCCUAGCGUUCACGGUACCUGAAUCGUGUGACCAUCUCAAGCAUUGUUCGUCAUUCUCAUUCAGGAAAGCGUUGUUAUCAUCUAAGACUGUUUCCUGUGAUAAACUGGCUUUUUUUAGCACUCUGCUGAACGUAACUUAGUCCACCUCUGAUGAAGGUUAUUUGUGUGCUACUGGUAAAGAAGGCUUCUCCACUGGUAAACGAUGCUUUUUUAGUGGCGUUUACUGAUAGGGUCGGCGAGAAGGAGAGGAACUCCACCAAUAUCAACCAGUUAAACUUACAAGGUUUAUUUUACUUACUCGCAAGGCGGUUCUACAUUCUUCCUGAUGUUCUUCUCUUUCUCUAUCUAUCUAGUUGAGGAGGGUGUAAGUAAGCAAGUUGAUCGCUGGGCUGGGAGAUUGGUGGUUGCAUUCUUGUAGCAGUGGGACUUGAAGUAGUAGUAGAUUAUGGAUUAGGUUGCGUGUUUGGUGGGAUAGAUUCAACGAUCCAGCGAUUUUCCUCGACUAGAGUUAGCUACUGUCCGUAACUACUUAGCCUGCAGUGCAGGCGAUUUCUUUGAGCGUGCAAUUUGCUCGCGAAAGCGCCAUGUUGAAACUUCUCCAAGAGAGGAGGAAAUGGGGCGAGUAAAAGGAAGCGGGGAGGGGGUGGGGAGAGAGAAGAGAAAACGCCUGCCCGAAAACACUGUGAAAAUGAAAAACACCCCCUAAUUAGACGCGCAUGACCGCUCUUCCCGAAAUGAUCAUGAGUAGCCGACAAUAACAAAACAACCAAACAAUCGCUCCAGUCCAAAGACUCGCAUUGUCUUAAGAAAAACAAGCUGGAGUUUUACACUGUUUUUAUUUUGACUGAGUCAAAAUGCAAUUAUCCACAGCUGAUGAAGCUUCAGUUUAAGCUGCAAUUCAUUCUUUUAAAUUCAUCUCUGUAGAUCGCUAUCCGUGAGAGUUUAACAUCCUGCAAACAAUUUAAAAAACUAACGAGCUGGGCCCAGCGUGAUACAACAUUGCAGGAAAACAUCAUAUUCUCGGACUAGAAAGAAAAUCGCUUAGUUAUUCAGAUCCUGAGGCUCUUUGGACAAAAAUAAAGAACCCAACAGCCAUAUUUAGGGACAAAAAGAGCUUUACGCUUCAAAAGAGGUCAAAGAAAACGCUCUUGUAUCAGAGGGCAAAUCAUGAAGACCAGAAAUUCAAAAACCACAGAAAAUCAAUAAGCGUGUCAUGACCUCUCAGUGUGAAACGAGCGGCUAAAAUCAGAUUUGCUCAGUCAAAACAUAGAACCCCCUAGAGCAUAAUCUACUCGCCAGAAAAAAAAACGUAUUGGAACAAGUAGCAUUUUGGCAUGAGGUAAAAGAGUUGUAGGUUUUAGUACAUCGAGCAAAUCUUGUCCUGAUGACCAGUGUAGAAAUCGCUUUAAAUUUCUCAUUACGUAAUACACGCGACAUUCCCAGCCGCUCCAAUUCCAAACGGAAUAAACAAUAUAGACUUACAGUUAAUUGACAGGCAUUAAUCUAUUUCCCUAUGCCACACCAAUCAGGAGCUCCGUUUGCCAGCGUACGGAGUUUCCCGAAAGAACAGUGAUACCGGGCAGGCGUAUUUUUUUUCCUCCCCUCCCCCUCCCCCCUUUCCUUCUUUCGCCCUCGCACCUACCGUUUUUACCGCAAGAUAAGCAUUAUAACUUACGAAGUGAUUUUCCUGUUCCAAGAUAUAAUACUGUUAAGUAUUGCAAGCACAGUAUCAGAUAUUUAGGCCCACACAUAAGGGGCAAGAUAAGCCAGGAACUACGCAGUAAGACCAGUCUUCAGGCAUUCAGGAGAGGGGUGCGUGCUCUCAAUGUGCUUGGCUUGCUGGACGGUACGUGUGGCUGCUGUGCAUGCUCAUCUUCGAGUGGUGAGUAUGCAUAGUGGCUUCUGCUAUCUGGCUGCCUGGUGUAUUGGGAGUGUGCUCCCCUAUCCUCUAUUUAAUUCGUCUAAUUUAAAUUUUCUAGACUUUUAACUUUCUGAAUUUUGUAUUUAUGUUUGACUGCUGCUUAUAUGUUUGUCUUAUAUUGUCUGUUUGUUUGUCUGUCUAUCUGUCUAUCUGUCUAUCUGAUUGUCCUUUUUUGUUUUUUGUCUAUCUAUUUGUUUGUCUUUGUUUGUUCCCCGCUUGUCCUGCUGUUUGUCUGUAAUAAUUUCAUAUAUUAAUGCUAUUUUUAUAUAUUGAUGAUAUUUUAAGAAUAUAUUUUUAAUAUUGUUACGUAUACCUGAUUUACUCUUAUAUUAUAUUCAUUUUAUUUAUUUAUAGUGUCCACAAUUAGCUUUUAGGUAAAUACCUUGACACUUUAAUAAAGUUUAUGUAUGUAUGUAUGUAUGUAUGUAUGUAUGUAUGUAUGUAUGUAUGUAUGUAUGUAUGUAUGUAUGUAUGUAUGGCACGGACAAGCGGUUAAAAUUGCAAGAGAGACUACUAACAAUCAAUAAAAGAAAUAUAAUUCGUUGAAACAUUUACAGAGACAACAAUUUUUAUUCACGAUGACAAAUAUUAAAGUGUCUGUAAAAAUCCUGACUCUUUAAGCUUAAAGCUUAAGCUUAACUUAACUGUGUUUUACUUUAAGCCGACCUCCCGGUGUUUGCUUUUUUCAAAGGUGAACUCCUCGAAGCAAGAAAAUCGCUCAAAGUUUUCUCUCUACAGUCAAAUUUAUAACUAAAUAUUCCUCGGAACGUUUUCGUUCUAUUUGCGGUGAGAAAAUAUAUCUGAAGGCCUUUUAAAGCUCUGAAAGCUUAUAUCAAACCCGAUACUAGAUCAGAUCAUUGACUCAAAUCUUACAAACGUGCAUAAACUUGCCGCAUAAACUGUGUUCGACUUCAUGAAAUUAGAUAUAACAAAAACAACAUCAAAUGCAAUAAUUACUUGGGCUUACCAUUCGAGAUUCAGUUCCUGAACGCUAUCAAGGAAGGCGACAGUUGCUUGAAACUUUUAAACCCUCUUACACAUUAAGCAAGGUGAAAAACGAUGCCAUCCGAAAUCGAAUUACCAAAUUUUGACAAGCGACGCAUUUCUCAACCAAAAACCCAAUAAACAAAUCAGUCAUGAAUAACAGAAGACUCUUGAUGGCAGCUGUAUUUCAUUUUGUACAUCCAGUCGGAAAAGACAGUUAAAAAUAUCACAAGUUGACACAAAACUCUGUCAGUUUCAGUUGUCAAAGUAAACAACUUUCAAGAUGCUGCAUAAAUUUUCCGCAUGAACUCACCUGUCAGAUUUUGACCAAUCAGAGCAAAAAAAUUGGACGUAGAGCGUAACCACCGAGUGACCAUGGUAAGAAAAGGUCUUCCCCGCCUGUAUUUUUUUAAAAACUGGCUGAAUUUUCGCGUCCGAGGUCAGUUUUGAAAUAAAAAUCUUAAUAGUGCGGGACCAUACUGACAUAAACACAACAUCUUUCAUACGAAUCAUUGGAAAAAAUAAACUUGAGCCUGCAAUCAUUUGAAACUGGUAAUUUGUCGGCGGAUAACUUCAAUAGAUACUGGACCUCGAUGGAUCGACACUUGAGCCCGCAGUACGGUCAGGUGAUACUUGUCAGCGGAUACCCUGUUUUGAGAGCUGUCAAUUGAUCACAACAUUGAUGUGCAAUUAGUUUUCUCUUGGGCCUCCAAACUAGCUAGAAAGUGUGAGAGUAAACAUUGGUUUCCCUGUGGUGCGGAAUGUCGCUCGCUCGCUCGGUGUACGGUCACGUGAUUACCAAACUGUCUGGGAUGGGUAGAUUUACUUAUCUAUGGGGUUCCGCGUGGAGCUCCGCUAUUAAGACCGAAUACCUGUGCCCAACCCCAUCCACCUCUAUUGUACCCUAUUCACACCAGGCUCUUCAUGCUACGGCUACCAAAAUUGCACAUCAUUCCCAAGAUGACGUAAUCUGACGAAUAAUCUUACGGAGUAAAAUGACGAAAUUUACGUCAUUAUGACGUCACAUUGGUGAAUUUGUUGACGGUAUCCAAAUUUUUCUCAAAAAAGGCUUGAAGCGAAAAAUACUUAAAUAGUAACGUGUCUGAUAAGGUCAAGAAGUUGGCUAACACUCCUUUUUACUGGCAAUGAUUUCAUGAUGACGUCUUUUUAACUAAAAAAAGGAAUUGGAACUAUCCGCUGUCUUAAAGACGCCAUUUUGAAUUAUAUAAAUGUAUUCUAUUUUACUUAAAACCCGUAUAAAUCGACGUAUUUUUCAUUAAAAACUUCAUCUGAGUACAAAAGGAUGCUAAUUAAGAGAAAAAAAUCUGCACAAUGUGAAAUUCCUAGAGAAAUGAACAAAUUUGGUCAUAUUUAACUCAUGUUUUAUUUUUCUCAAACCAGUCACAGAAAAGUCUGCAUUUCAUUGACAUUUAUAGUAACUUUGAUAAAGUAAUGCUAAAUUAAGUGUAACAUAAUAAUUCUCUAAGUGAAAAUAGACAUAAAACCUAUACGUUAGAUAAAAUAGAAAUUAAAAAACAUCGCUAUCAAAACUCGGUUGCUAUGGUAACAUCAAUAUGAGAGGGUGGGCCUCAAAAGCCGCCUUCACCAGUCUGAACGGGGUUUAAAUUGUCCUUUUUCUGCUCUGAUGAUGAAGAAAAUCGUCUUAGCUUUAAAUAACUAAAUAGUUCACAGGGCAUGUUCUCUUAAGAUCCUUUUAUAUUCUGAAAGUUCACUAGAUCAGAAUUAGUUUCCCUAGACGCUCCCCCCAUUGAAAUAAUUUAUUCUUGAAAAACGUUUGGGAAAAAUCGGUAUGAUUCUACCGUAAACAAUGUUUCUCUUUCUUUAGCUUUCAGAGGGAGACUCAGUGAAGGUGACAGAUGUUGGCAUAUCAAAAGCAGCAAAAGAAAUUACUGGCACCAUCGCUGGAAGCCCUGUCUACAUGGCACCUGAAGUUUUCCACGGAGUGGUGUACGACAAAAAAGCAGACAUCUACAGCCUGGGGAUAAUGUUGUGGGAGAUAUGGUACGGACAGCAAGCCUUUGCUGAGUCUGGAGCACCAAACAUGCAAGCCCUCUUUGCCAUGGUUGAUGGCGGCAGUCGACCAAAGCCUGUCAAAGGUCUCAACAAACCUCAUUUGCGUUGGCAGGAGUUAAUGGAUCAAUGUUGGGAUGCAAUCCCAGACAAGCGUCCCUCUGCCUGCCAAUGCCACGAAAGAAUUUCAGAUAUUGCCUCAUUGGAAUAA